UGUCUUUUUGAGUUGGUUGUCAUCUCAAUGUCUCAACCAAAUAUUACCCAAUUAUCUACGUUGAAAUGAUGUGGUGUGUCCAGUGGGUACUUUCAAUACUUCUUCUUUCUUUGACUCUAAUAGGCAUUCUGUCACUUUCCAUCCCAUCAAUUUAGUCCCUCCCUGCCACAUUCUAUCCCUGAAAAACAAAACACCUUAUAGAUAAGUGACAAAAUCAGAACAGAGACCUGAAGGAAGAGUGACAACAUGAAUUUCUCAGAGGACUUGGAGGAUUAUUAUGACAUGUUCAUUCAAACUGAUCAAUCAGAGCAGCUAAUUCAGUCCAUACGGGUGCUGUCCAUAGUCAUCUACAGCAUAACCUGUGUCCUCGGUAUCCCAGGAAACUCAUUUGUCAUCUGGAUAGCUGGAGUGAAGAUGAAGAGGACAGUCAACACUGUCUGGUUUGUAAACCUGGCUGUAGCAGACCUCCUCUGCUGUAUCUCCAUACCCUUCUCAUUGGUUGAAAUCAUAUUGAACCAACACUGGCCAUUCGGAGAGGCUAUGUGUAAGGUUAUCCCCUCUGUCAUGUAUCUCAACAUGUUUGCCAGCGUCUUCACCCUGGUUCUCAUCAGCCUGGACCGAUUUGUCCUGGUCAUCCUGCCCGUCUUGGCCCAGAACCACCGGAGCAUCACCCUGGCCUGGUUGCUGUGUGGUCUGGCCUGGGUCCUGGCCUUGCUCCUCAGCCUCCCCACCAUGAUUCAUAAUGGGACCAUCGAUAGUAUCGACAAUGACGAAAUUAUUAUGUGCACCUCUGUACACCCCCUUGGCGAAAACAACAUUAGGGGCUUCUUUUCUGCCAUCAAAGCCACCCAUGUUCCCAGGCUGGUCCUCGGCUUCCUCGUUCCUCUGACGGUCAUCGCUGUCUGCUACCUGCUCAUUGGCAGGAGGGUGAGCAGCGCUCACUUCAAGUCUCAGAGGACCUUCUGGCUCAUUCUGGCUGUGGUGGCAGCAUUCUUUGUGUGCUGGCUGCCGUAUCACACCAUAGGUAUGGUGAUUGGGUAUGGUAGGUUUGCCUCGGCAGAUGAAGCCUGGAAUUGGUACCCCCUGGCCAUCUCUCUGGCCUAUGUCAACAGCUGCCUCAACCCUGUCCUGUAUGUGUUUAUGGGCCAGGACUUCAAGGAGAGGGUCAGGGUCUCUUUCCGUAAAAUAUUUGAGAAUGUCUUCAAUGAGGAUGCCAUAACACACACAUCUGUGACUGAUGUUUGAGUCCAAAAUGUCUGAUAACUCUCCUGGGUCGUAUUCAUAAAACAGCAUACUUAAGUUAUAGAAAAUGCUAAGAGUGUGCAAAGCUGUCAUCAAGGCAAAGGGUGGCUACUUUGAAGACUCUCAAAUAUAAAAUAUAUUUGUUUAACACUUUUUUGGUUACUGCAUGAUUCCAUAUGUGUUAUUUCAUAGUUUUGAUGUCUUCACUAUUAUUCUACAAUGUAGAAAAUAGUAAAAAAGAAAGAAAAAGAAAAACCCUUGAACGAGUAGGUGUGUCCAAACCUUUGACUGGAACGGUAUAUUCUUUAUUAUUGGUGUGUAGAAAAGGAACUGGGAGCCAGUGUCUAGAUUACUCUAAUCAAGGCAUUCCAAGUAAAAAAAAUACAUUUUUAUAGUCAUCCACCACUUACACAUUCCUCUCAUGCUUACUGUAAUAUCUGUCAUUUAAAAAAAUAAACAGUCUGAAGAUCAACUGGCUGGUUGGCAUAGAUGUUCUCCACUAAAGCCACAUAGUGGUGCUAUAGAGCAAUGAUAAACACCACACUAACCCCAUAUGAUAAACUCAUCUCAUGAUGAUAGAGAAGUCACUGUGUAACUGAAUAAACAUUGAAGUGUUGUAACAACAGCUUGAGUUAAUUUAUAUGUCAGAAAAUCUGAACACUCUCGCUGACAGCUUCAUUUCCUCAAAGUUAUCUCCUGGUAUGUGAUGACUGUCAUAUUGGGUGGAUUGGAGUAUUGUUUGGAUAAGAGGAGUCAACUAUUAUCUGAUCCCUGCUUGGAAAUGGAAAUGUAAAUUUGAACUUAAAGGAGCAAUCAGCAUUUGCUACAUCCAUUUAUGAACUUAGAAAUUAAUGAUGUGUACUCAUUGAUUCUUGAAGAAUACAACAUAUGCCUCAUGAGCUAAGUUCAACUGUUGUACCCCAACAGAACCCCAAAUAAACAUAUUUUUACUCCAAUGUUUGUAAACAAACACCAAAUAGCCUAAAAACCUAGUUAAAGUAAAAUGUUGAUAUCAAUAAUGUUCAACCCUUGCAUCCAUAGCUCUGUCUAUGAAUUUGAGAGUGGUCUAGCCCCACCCGUUUAUAUUUUUACAGAAGCAGGGGUGGGGUGUACGCGUUGUAAUUGUUUCAACUGCUGAUUGCCCCAUUAAGUACCCUUCUAGCCUCUAUGACUGCAUUUACACAGGCAGACCAAUUCUGAUAUUUUUUCCACUAAUUGAUCUUUUGACCAAUCAAAUCAGCUCUGAAAAAUACAUUUUGAAAAAAAAAAAAGUAUUUGAUUGGGCAAAAGAUCAAUUAGUGGAAAAAAUAUCAGAAAUGGGCUGCCUGUGUAGACACAGACCUUGUGUUACUUUCCUUCUAAGCAAUGUAGGAGCCAUAAAAAUAGGACAACUAGAAUGGACAAAGCCCCUCACACCACUGCACUUAAUGGAAUGUCUGCUCUAGUAAUUCUAGUUCUAUUCACUUAUUUUAAACGUCAAACAAGUAACGAAAAAGCAAACAUAAUUCUCUUGUCUCUUAUUCUCACAAAUGCAAAAAAAGGACAUGCUGAACAAUAAUUAUAAUUAUUAUUAUUUCUGUAGAGCGCAUUUUCCACGCUCAAUGCGCAUAAAUGCAGUGACAUUCUGUAAGUACAAAGCUCAAUUCACUCUUAGACUACCACUGCUCAACUCAGGAAAAGGAACAAACAGUUUGAAAUGGAUACCUUUUCCAAGAAACCUCUGAAACCUUAUCAAAUGAGUGGUUUCAUUCUGAUAGGUCUCAGAAUGGAAGUGUGACGAUAAUAACACCUCAUCACUAAAAUACUGAACAUUUACACUUUACAUUUUUGUCAUUUAGCAGACGUUCUUAUCCAGAGCGACUUACAGUUAGUGCAUCAAGUUUUGCUAAAUGUGUAUUGAUGAGUGUAUAUUUAUUUUAAACCUGUUAGUGAUCCCUUUGCGUGCCAAUCCCUUUAGCGUAAUCGAUUUGACAACAUCCAGUGAAAUUGCAGUGCGCCAAAUUCAAACUACAGAAAUAUCAAUAUUCAAGAUUCACUAAAAUAUAAGUGUAAUUCAUCGAAAUAAAGCUUAACUUCUUGUUAAUCCAGCCGCAGUGUCAGAUAUCAAAAAUGCUUUACGGUGAAAGCAGACCAUGCAAUUAUCUGAGGACAGCACCCCGCAUACAAACACAUGCAAAUCAUUUUCAACCAGGCAGGUGGCGACACAAAAGUCAGAAAUAACGAUAUAAUAAAUGCCUUACUUUUGAAUAUCUUCUUUUUGCAAUCCCAAAUGUCUCAGUGACACAAUGAAUGGUCGUUUUGUUCGAUAAAUUCCUUCUUUAUAUCCCAAAAAUGUCAAUUUAUUUGGCGCGUUUGAUUCAGAAAUACACCGGUUCCAACU